AUGGCCGACGCUCGCCUGCUCGAGGAGCCCGAAAAGUUCGUUACGCGGCCGGAUAUCCUGAUCAUGGGCGACUUUAACGCGCCCUAUAUUGACUGGAGCUCGACCCAUGCAAAUAGCUCAGAACAGAACUUCGAUAGGAGUUUUCUGAACACGGCACUGAAGUUAUUUCUCACCCAGCACGUCAUGUUACCAACUAGAGUGCACGACGGCCAACAAGCCAACUGCCUUGAUCUUGUCCUUACGAAGUCACAGGACAGCAUUGAUGAGGUGUCAUGCCUACCCCCCUUAGGUAAAAGUAAUCACGUCGUUCUUCUAUGGGAUUACUCGCUUUUUUCCCUGCCCAAGAAACCCGUGAUAGUUAGAAGAACCCUUUGGCGCGGGGAUUUCGACCAAAUGAGGGCUGAAAUUUCACGCAUUUAGUGGGAGUCCAUAUUUGUUGGGAGCAGACUCAAAUAUUGGCAACGGUUCCGAGAAAUUCCGCACGAGCUGAUCGUAAACCAAUGCCGGCUUUCACGGAAGAGGUUAACUAACAAACCUCGAUGGCUUACGCAAGCCUUGAAGAAUGAAGUAAAUAAAAACCGACGGCUGUGGAAAAAAGCGCUUUCUGACAGGAGCCCCACAUAUAUAUGCGCAUACAAAAUUCAAAGAAAUCGAGUUAAGGGCUUUAUCCUCAAAACUAGAAGGGAAUUCGAACGGGAUCUGCUUAACCGUGCCGCGGAGAAACCUAAAUUAUUCUACGGCUACAUUAGGCAGUGCACGCGGAACAAGAACCCAAUACCCCUGCUAAGGACUGCUGAAAGCGAACAUCUCACUGACGACAGGGCGAAAGCUGAUUAUCUUUCAGAAUUUUUUCGGUCUGUUUUCAGCAGCGAAACAGGAUUCAACCCUUUGGCCCUUCAAUCCUUCGAAGACACCCCAAUUAUAGAGACCGUCCAGUUCAUCGAGGGCAUGGUUCUGACGGAGUUGCUGAGGCUAAAUAAAUCCAAAUCAGCAGGUCCUGAUGAGAUUCCGGCGAAGAUUUUGAAGGAACUCGCCGGCGAGUUGUCUAAACCACUCUCCAUGCUUUUUCAUACAUCCUUUGAUACCGGAUAUCCGCCACCCGACUAGAAGUCGGCGUGGAUUACGCCGCUGUACAGUGGCUGAAGUCGGGUCUCUGCGAACAAUUACAGACAUGCCAGCCUCACCUUCAUUUGCUGUAAGAUUAUGGAGAAGAUAAUAAAGCAACAAUUAAUGCAGUUCCUUGAGCAAAGCCAUUUGCUUUCCGAUUCUCAGCAUGGAUAUCGCAAAAGCUGAUUCUGUGUGACAAACCUGUUCUACUGUCUGGAACACUGGACUAGGGCUGUUGAUAGAGGAGAUAUGGUGCAUGUCAUCUAUAUCGACUUUAAAAAGGCCUUUGAUAGUGUGCCUCACCACCGCCUUUUAUACAAACUUAGCCGUGCAGGAGUGCGAGGUAAGCUUCUGAUGUGGGUUCGGAACUUUUUAUUCGGCCGCUCUCAAGCCGUCCACGUCAGUGACCAACAAUCCGCCGAGGAUGCCGUUAAUAGUGGUGUUCCUCAAGGCUCGGUUCUUGGCCCUCAACUGUUCCUAGUAUACGUCAAUGACUGCGCCAACAAACUGAAUUGCUAUGUCGCAAUGUUUGCCGAUGACAUAAAGAUCUGGAGUACCAUACGAAGCGAAGUUGACGAGGCGCGACUGCAGACAAAUCUGGACCACCUCGAGCAAUGGUCGAAAGACUGGCUUCUACCGUUCAACGUAAACAAGUGUACUUUCCUACGCGUCGGCCGAACCAGUUCUCCUAACCACACGGUCUACCGUCUGACUGGCAAACCAUUGCAAGAAGUCGAUGCCCAGAAGGACUUGGGUGUAUGGAUCACAACCUCGCUUUAG